GGUAAACCAGCUGUUGUGUCUUAAUAAUCAUAGUAUUACUAUAAUCCAUUGUUUCAGGAAAAACCCAUUUGAAAUUAUGGCCUCAAUGAUAACCAGCUCUAGCACCACCCUAAGGUCAUCCCCUUUCUUGGGCCAAACCAGAGGUUCUUCUGCAAACACUCUUAGAGAUGCUGUCCCUAUUGGAACUUCCAAAUUCACCAUGAGUAAUGACUUAUGGUACGGUCCAGACAGAGUGAAAUACUUGGGACCCUUUUCAGCCCAAACACCAUCUUACCUCACCGGAGAGUUUCCCGGCGACUAUGGAUGGGAUACUGCCGGUUUAUCUGCAGAUCCCGAAGCUUUUGCCAAGAACAGAGCUCUUGAGGUCAUCCAUGGAAGAUGGGCCAUGCUAGGAGCUUUUGGUUGCAUCACUCCAGAAGUGCUUGAAAAAUGGGUUAAUGUUGACUUCAAAGAACCAGUUUGGUUCAAGGCUGGUUCACAGAUUUUCUCUGAAGGUGGCCUUGACUAUUUGGGUAAUCCUAACCUAGUUCAUGCCCAGAGCAUUCUAGCUGUUCUUGGAUUUCAGGUUGUUUUGAUGGGUUUGGUUGAGGGUUUUCGCAUUAAUGGACUUCCUGGAGUUGGAGAUGGAAAUGAUCUUUACCCUGGAGGUCAGUACUUUGACCCUCUUGGUUUGGCUGAUGAUCCAGUCACUUUUGCUGAAUUGAAGGUGAAGGAGAUUAAGAAUGGGAGAUUGGCUAUGUUUUCAAUGUUUGGAUUCUUUGUUCAAGCCAUUGUAACUGGAAAGGGUCCUCUUGAGAACUUAUUGGAUCAUCUUGAUAAUCCGGUUGCUAACAAUGCUUGGGUCUUUGCCACUAAGUUUGCCCCUGGUUCAUAAAUCUUUUGAUUUUUUUUUUGUUUGAAUCUCAGCCAUUUGAUGUGUCUCUUUGUCUAUUGAUCAUGAUUGUUGAUGAGAAUGUAUAAAAAAAAACUUACUGAA